AUGGUGGGCAACUCUAUGAUUGCCGUGUGCCAGGCUGGUGACCACAUUGACAUUUGGACCGUCGCGCUUCGUCCGAGACUUCCAUCGACACCUACGGGGAGAGUAAGACGACGACAGAUGGCCAUUGGUGUUUUUACACAUGGCGAUCUUAGCAGUCUCAAUAUUUGGUCCGUGGAGAUGAAUUCAUUUUGGACUCAUGAAAUCGAUAAACUUCUGCAACCUAUGCUGGAAGAACUAGCCGUGGAGCGUGCUCGUCAGAGGUACUUUGGGGAUUUUGGAUGAUCAAUUGACUCCCUUCUGCUUCGGCAUUCUUGUACACUGCUUGAAUACGGUACAAGUCCAUAUGCAUAUCGAUACCCCAUAGGCACUUAGGUGCGGUUCAUAGCACUUUGUUAGCAGAGCGUAAGCUCUGCUAGUUUACGGUCAUCGUGUCGGAUUAGUCGGUUUAUUCCAGGCCAAUCCUGAAAGUGUUUUACUAGGAUCAAAGAAAAGAAGUGACUAGCAAGAUUGUAUGUAUUGAGUUCUGU